AUGAACCCGCAAUGUUCAAAAUGUAAAGCAGCAAUGAGGAAAUAUAACUACUCCGUCAAAGAGAUAGAACGUAUGCGAAACGACUAUGCAGACUUAAAGAAAGAAGCAGAAAAGCCAGCAGAAGAUAAAAUGAACAUGUUAGCAUUUCUGAACAAAAACUAUCCAACUGCUGACGAUUUCCUUCUAUCUGACGUCAAGAAGAAGUAUAAAGAAACUUUCGGUAUCGUUAAAACUUUUGACAUACUGACAGAAGAAAUAGAAGCUACGAAAUUGUUUAGAGUCAUGAACCAUCGCAACAUAUACCAUGUAAAACGCUUGUAA